UGAGGCAGCAGGCAGUACAACGCCUUCAGAAGCAGAAGCUGAAGGAACCACUGAGGCUGAGGGCGAAGGUAGCACAACACCAGCUGAGGAAGAGGAAAAGGAGACGUCGGAAGCUGAAGGAUCUACUGGCGAAGGUAGCUCAACGCCUGCUGAGGAAGAGGAAAAGGAGACGUUGGAAGCUGAAGGAUCCACUGAAAGUGAGGCCGAAGGCAGUACAACGCCUUCAGAAGCAGAAGCCGAAGGAACCACUGAGGCUGAGAGCGAAGGUAGUUCAACGCCUGCGGAAGAAGAGGAGAAGGAAUCCUCAGAAGCUGACACUGAAGGAACGACUGAGUCUACUGUGGAGGAUGCUUUGAGUACGACUGAAGAGUUGCAGGAAACAGCUCCCUCGGAGAGUACCGAAGAGGCAUCUACAGAAACUGAAGAAGAGACACCUGAAGAUCUCGAAACGACGACUGCAAUGCCAUUCAAAGAGUGCCUUAAUUAUACACCACCUCCUCCGGCGUUGAGAAAUCUGUUCAAUAUGCUGAAACCACAUCUGAACGAACGUUCCCGAUCUCAACGAGCAGACCGGAAGAAGUACCCCAGCUAUCGUAAGCUUGUCAAGGAAAUCAGCAAGACAUCAGUGGCCUCGGGCUCGUUCAAGACGAAAGUGGAAUCCAUCAUUUCCCGCUUUCACGGAUCCAUCAACGAAUCGGUAGAGUCGCAGAUGCACUUCUUCGAGGCAACGCGCGUCAGGAUGCUGUUCGAUUUGAAGAACUUUGUGCAGAAACUGUUCAACGGUUUCACCGAUCUUGUGAGCCGCUCGCUAAGGA